ACAGCCAUUUAGAAUCUUCAAGCCGAGAAAGUCAUCCCCUCUAAAACCCUAAUCCUCUGUGAAACCUAGCUUCCCAGCUCAAAUCAAGAUGACUGGAGAAGUUGUGAACCCGAAAGCUUAUCCGCUAGCAGAUUCUCAGCUGUCGAUAACGAUUCUCGAUCUUAUUCAACAAGCUGCUAACUACAAGCAGCUCAAGAAGGGUGCUAAUGAAGCUACUAAGACGCUUAAUCGUGGUAUCUCGGAGUUUGUGGUUAUGGCCGCAGAUGCAGAGCCCCUCGAGAUUCUUCUUCAUCUACCCUUGCUAGCUGAGGAUAAGAACGUUCCGUAUGUGUUUGUGCCUUCAAAGCAAGCCCUUGGAAGAGCAUGUGGUGUAACGAGACCUGUUAUCGCUUGUUCAGUCACAUCAAACGAAGCUAGUCAAUUGAAAUCACAAAUCCAGCAGCUCAAGGAUGCUAUUGAGAAGCUACUGAUCUAAGGCAAUCUCAGAUUGAUUGCUCGGUAUGAUGGGUCUCCGCGUAAUGGGAAGGCUUUGACUGAAGUUUUGUUUAGGCAACUACCAAAUCAAAAACCGUCCAUGAUUUUAAUGUAUUUUUACUCCCAAGUUUGUUGUAACGUAUGAACAUCACAUUGAUACACCUAUCUACGAUUAAGUUUCUGGAUUUUGUUUUGGUUUU